UUAAUGCCUUCUCGUAAAACUUUAUUUCUAUCGGCAGAAUUGCAUGCAUUUAGGUGAAGUUGCAUCAUUUCACCACCUGCAGUUCCCCCGUGUACACCGACGUUCGCCCGUCAGAUUUGUUUGUAGUUGGUCUUUCUCUCACUGUGUGUAACAGUACAUCGGGUACAAAAUGCUGUAAAAACUCCCCCUCCAACUCCCGAUGUUGUGACCCUACAUCACAGACAAGGCUGUGGACUGUGAGCAGGUGUGAAGGUGAAAUGUGGAUCUUUCACAGGAAGCGGGAGAAAAGGGUGAUGGGGAAUGUCGGACUCGCAGAUACAGAUGAGUGUGCAGAGGGUUCGGACGACUGCCACAUCGACGCCCUCUGCCAGAACACGCCCAAGUCCUACAACUGCAUCUGCAAGCCGGGCUACAAGGGAGAUGGCAAGCAGUGCGAGGACAUGGAUGAGUGUGAGAACGACUACAACGGGGGAUGUGUCCAUGAAUGCAUCAACAUACCUGGAAACUACAGAUGCACCUGCUAUGAUGGUUUCAUGCUGGCCCAUGAUGGACACAACUGCCUGGAUGUGGAUGAGUGUCUGGACAACAACGGUGGAUGCCAGCAAGUGUGUGUCAACACCAUGGGGAGCUACGAGUGUCAGUGCCGUGAGGGCUUCUUCCUCAGUGACAACCAGCAUACCUGCAUCCACCGCUCUGACGAUGGGAUGAACUGCAUGAACAAGGACCAUGGCUGCGCCCACAUCUGCAGAGAGGCUCCAGGCAAAGGCGGGGUGUCGUGCGAGUGCCGUCCUGGCUUUGAGCUGGCCAAAAACCAGAAAGACUGCACAUUAACGUGUAACUAUGGAAACGGCGGCUGCCAGCACACAUGUGAUGACACGGAUACAGGACCAGUGUGUGGCUGCCACCAGAAGUACGCCCUGCACUCAGACAGCAAGACCUGCAUCGAGAAAGAUGAGGCUGCAAUUGAGAGCUCUGAGUUCAAUGCCACGUCAGUAGCUGAUGUGGACAAGCGGGUGAAACGGCGGCUACUUAUGGAGACCUGCGCCGUCAACAACGGCGGCUGCGACAGGACAUGUAAAGACACCGCCACUGGGGUGCGCUGCAGCUGCCCCGUAGGAUUCACCCUGCAGCCGGAUGGCAAAACCUGCAAAGACAUUGAUGAAUGCCUGGAGAACAACGGAGGCUGCGAUCACUUCUGCCGGAACACGGUGGGCUCCUUUGAAUGCAGCUGCCAGAAAGGCCACAAACUGCUCACCGAUGAACGGACAUGCCAAGACAUUGACGAGUGCUCCUUUGAGAGAACCUGUGACCACACAUGCAUCAACUACCCGGGCAGCUUUGAGUGCUUGUGCAACAAGGGAUACAUCCUGUAUGGCCUCACUCAUUGUGGAGACAUUGAUGAGUGCAGCAUCAGCAACGGGAGCUGUGAGCAUGGCUGCAUAAACACCCAGGGCAGCUAUGAGUGUGUGUGCCCUCCCGGACAGAAACUCCACUGGAAUAAGAAAGACUGCAUCGAGGCGGUGAAGUGUCUGCCCAAUGGAAAGCCAGCUCCUCGAGCCCAGCUGAUCUGCACCAAGAGCGGAGGGGAAGAAGUCUGCUCGCUCACCUGCCCCUCUAACGCCCUCUUCCUUGCAGACUCAGAGAACAGCUACACACUGAGCUGCGGAGUGCCAGUCCAGGCUGGUAAAGCUCCUCAGAAGAGGAAUGCCACAACUGCCUUACCCACAUGCGCAGACACGCUGGCACCGCCUGUCAAACAGAAGGCCAGGUUCAAGAUCAAAGACGCCAAGUGUCACCUGAGACCCCGCAACAAGGAGAAACACAGAGAUUCAUCGAAGCAGAACCUGCAAGGAGGCCAGUUCCCAUGCACCGAUGACUGCCAGGUAACUUUUGUCAACCUCAAGUGUGACUCAUCCAAGAAGCGCAGACGAGGACGCAAAUCACCUUCGAAAGAGGUUUCCCACAUCACGGCUGAGUUUGAGAUGGAGAUGAAGGAGGAGGAAGCCUCAGACUCGUGUAAUGUGGAGUGUGUGCGGGAGAGGAUGAAGCAGAAGCUGCAAAGCGCCAUGCGCACACUCAGGAAGUCCAUCAACAAACAGCAGUUCUACAUCCAGUUCUCUGGGACGGAGUACGAGGUGGCCCAGAAACCAUCCAGGACGACGGAGGGUGCCGAGACCUGCAGCACGGGUCAAGUCCUGCGAGAUGGAAAAUGUGUGAGCUGUGGUGUGGGGACAUUCUACAGCGGGGAGCAGGAGCAGUGUGUCCAGUGUCCUCCCGGGACGUACCAGGACACGGUGGGUCAGCUGUCCUGUGAGCCAUGUCCCAGCACCGAAGGACAAGGCAUCGCCGGUGCUAAGAACGUGUCUCAAUGUGGAGGUCAGUGUCCAGCAGGUCAUUUCUCUGUGGAUGGGUUCCGCCCAUGUCAGCUCUGCCCUCUGGGCUCCUACCAGCCAGAACCAGGCCGGGUCCUCUGCUUCCCCUGUGGAGGUGGCCUCAUGACCAAGUACGAAGGAUCAGUCUCCUUCAGGGACUGUGAGGCCAAAGUACACUGUGCCCCUGGACAUUACUACAACUCCAGCACCCAUCGCUGUAUCCGCUGCCCAGCAGGAACCUACCAGUCUGAGUUUGGGCAGAAUUACUGCAUCACCUGCCCAGGCAACACCACCACUGACUUUGAUGGUGCCACCAAUGUGUCCCAUUGCAAAAACCAGCUGUGUGGAGGUGAACUGGGAGAAUACACAGGCUACAUCGAGUCUCCGAACUACCCUGGCGAUUACCCAUCCAAUGUGGACUGUGUCUGGACCAUCAACCCGCCGCACAAGAGGCGGAUUCUCAUUGUGGUACCCGAGAUCUUCCUACCCAUCGAGGAUGAGUGUGGAGACGUGCUGGUCAUGAGGAAGAGUGCCCAUCCCACCUCCAUCACCACCUACGAGACAUGUCAGACCUAUGAGCGGCCCAUCGCCUUCACUUCUCGCUCUCGCAAGCUUUGGAUUCAGUUUAAGUCCAACGAGGGCAACAGUGGCAAAGGUUUCCAAGUUCCAUAUGUCACGUAUGAUGAGGACUACCAGCAGCUGAUAGAGGACAUAGUACGAGAUGGCAGGCUCUAUGCCUCCGAGAACCACCAGGAGAUACUGAAGGACAAGAAGCUGAUAAAGGCCCUGUUUGACGUGCUAGCCCAUCCCCAGAACUACUUCAGGUACACGGCACAAGAGUCCAAAGAGAUGUUCCCUCGCUCCUUCAUCAAGCUGCUGCGUUCCAAAGUCACCAGGUUCCUACGGCCGUACAAAUAGACAGGACCUCUCCACUGUCCAAGUCCCCUGUCAUCCUGCUUCAUUCCAAAUCCAGCAACCUAAAUGUAACCCCUCCCCCCUACCCCCUGCCUGGGUCAAUACAUUGAUGUAUGCAUCUUUAUUUCCUGUUUUUGUCACGUGAUGCCUUUCCUCAUCUUUUUAACUCAUAAUCCAUCAUUAACUGAUACCCCCCCCAGUUAGUGCAGCUUUUUGUAUAAGGUUUGACUGAUAUGGUUUUUGAAGGCCAGUAUUAAUAUUUUUAUAAUGUAGCAGAAGAUACCUGAUAUAUAUUGUGUGUAUAUGUUGUUUCUUUCAUUUUGACCAUUUUAUACCAAACAAGUAUUAAGUGUAUUUUCUCUGUUUGGUAUAGUGAAAUUUUGCGCUCACACACGUGCUAGGUGGAGAUGCAGCAUCUGGCAACAUUGGUGGUGCAUGGUCUGAACAACAAAUUGUGAACAUAAAGGACUACAGAAUAAGGAUGGCGGCUUUUGCUCCCUUGGUUGUAAUUGGCCUUGAAGCCCAGUUCUGUCAGCACUGAUAGGCACACAGAGAGGGCUGGUUAAGAGACAGACAGCACUAGAUGGCCUAUGGAUUAUUUUUUGACAGGUACCAGUCAAACAUGUGGCUUCCUCCCACAGUCCCAAAAACAUGCCUGUUAGGUUAAUUGGCUACCCUACAUUGCCCCUAGGUGUGAGUGUGUGGUUGUCUGUCUUUGGGUGUCAGGCCUGCGAUUG